AUGCCCGACCUCAACGAACUCCUCAAAUGGUCCAUCGCCAACUCGACAAACCCCGAAGCUGCCCAGGAGGCCGCCAGCGAACAGGCAGAGCAACUGCAGCUCCGCUUCAACCCCGUCUCUACCCACUCUGGCAACUCUGCUCUUCAUCCCAAUGACCGUGCUCCUGCCCCCGUUCCCGACCUCUCUCCUGCCUCUACACCGGGCCCAGGGACACCGAAAGACGGUGAGCCUCUGCCUCUGCCGAGCGGGGCAAAGAGGGAGGAUUUGACAACGGAGAUGCUGGAUCUGAUCAUGGGCAAGAGCGACAGUAUCACGAUGAAGGAAAAGAUUGCGUAUGCUUCGAAUGAGGAGAACCCCGUGGAAGAGAGGGUGGAAGCUUUGGAUGAUUUUGAGAUGCUCAUCGAGUUGAUUGAUAAUGCCAACAACAUGCCCAUCUUGAAGCUCUGGCAGCCUCUGCUUGCGCUGUUGGCGUCUCCCCACCCCGAGAUUGUGGCGCACACCUGCUGGAUCAUUGGUACUGCCGUUCAAAACAACCUCAAGGCCCAGGCCGCUCUGUACAUCUUUGACGCUUUACCACAAAUCCUCAACACUCUUUACCCCUCUACCGCUCCCCAAACUCCUGCAGUGCGCGCCAAAGCCACCUACGCCCUGUCCUCUGCGCUCAAGCACUGGCCUCUCGCCUCUCCCGCCCUCGCUGCUUCUCAAGGCUACGCUGUUCUCAAGAAGGGUGUCCUGGACGAGGAGGCGGUGGUGAGGAGAAAGAUGGCAUUCUUGAUAGGCACUUUGGUCAUGCAGAGUGGAGAAAAGUAUGAGGGCGAGAUUCCUGGGGAAGUUGUCAACCUCCUGGAGGCCAACAUGAAGGAGACGGAGAAGAAUGGGCCUAAUGAGACGCUUCUCCAGGGUUUGAAGAGGGAGGGCGUCUUGUCGGCUUUGCUCGAGGGCUUGAAGAGCUCUACAGAGGAUGUUGAAUACGAGGAGAAUGCUGUGAGGGCGUUGGUGCGAGCGGCCGAGAAGGACGGUCUGACGGCAGAGGAGAAGGCGGCGUUGCAGAGUAUCUGGGUCGGAUGGGGUGCCAAGGGCCAGGAGGAGCGGGGACUGGAUGGUCAGGACGGCCAGGAGAUCAGCGCUGUGUUGAGUGAAUAG